AUGUGCAAUCAUCCUCUCCUCAACGCCAGCGUACACGGAAGAGAAGCUAUCUCUUCCGCAAGAUCGUCGAGUCGCAUGCUUUCGAGGACUACACAUAUCUCUGGCGCGCCGCCACCAUACUCCGUAGCCUCAUCUACGCCGAAUGCCGACGACGAGAAGGCAGCAUUGGCGCAGGCUGCUACCAAAGAAGAUGCUCCGGAUAUCCUGCAUUUCCUUGACCAUCGCCAUGACAGCAUCAGCUCCUUAUCUCUUCGAUACGGCGUGCCCGCUCAUGCUCUGCGACGAAGUAACAACAUCACGAGUGACCACUUGCUUCUCGGAAGACGAACCGUGUUGAUUCCUGGAGAGUAUUACAGGGGCGGAGUUAGCCUCUCACCACGGCCCAUCGAGGGCGAAGAUGAGGAGCUGAGGAAGGGCAAGAUUCGCCGCUUCAUGACAUCCUGCAAAGUCUCCGACUAUGACAUUGCUGUGCUGUACUUGGAGCAAUCUAGCUAUGAUCUGGAGAACGCUGUUACAGCAUAUUUGGACGAUGAAACAUGGGAGCAAGAAAAUCCAGCCUCUGGCAAGGGCAAGAAGGCCGACAAAUAUAAAAACCGUGGCCCGUUUUGGAGAGGACUCUGA